UUCAUAGAUAGAUUUGUUUAAGAUAUUGUGGUCUCACCGUAAGUUAGUGCGCCUUGUAACCACUUGGCACUACUUAGCAAUCAUCACAAACCCUCGUGUUAAUUGUUCAAACAAUAGUUAAACUUACAAGAGUGAUUUGAACGAUGGGAUAAAAUGUCGGAUGUUGGAGUAACCCUGUCUGCAGAGAAAACUACAAGCCCUACGACGGUGGAUUUUGUUGGCGUUGUUGUAGACGACAAUACUUUUGUUGUUCUUCGAACGAUUGUUCUUUUGUUUCUUCUCGUUUUAUCGCUGAUUGGAAAUUCUUUAGUUGUUUUAUCGGUCGCACAAAGUCGCAACAAUCGACACAAUCCAUUCAAUGCUUUUAUAUUAAGUUUGGCAUCUUAUGGUUUGUUGGAAUGCGCGCUCACGAUAUCUUUAGCAACAGGUUUUUCAAUCGAAGAAACUUGGAACUUUGGGGAUUUCCUCACGGGGUUUAACGCCUCGUUUGUUCAACUACAAAACACUGGGAUAUUUUUAACGAUUUCCGCGAUGGCUAUUGACAGAUUCCUCGCCGUAACGCGACUCACAAAGUACCACACGCACUCUAGUGUCCACCAUGCAAACUACGCUGUGCUUUACACUUGGAUACAAUCGUUUAUUUUUGCGCUUCCCUUGUUGUUCCAAAACCGGAUGUUGGGGGUAACGGCUCGUCCGUUUGUGGAAAGGUGUUUGUGUGGUUUGGUUGAAGGAACUUCCGUUGCGUUUGUAGUGUUAUUGUUGAUCCUUUGUUUCAUCAUUCCAUUGUUGAUAACAAUUGUUUUUCUUCAUCUCGUAAACAAACGAGCAAAAUACGAACGGAAACGAAUCCGAACGUCGAGUACACCGCAUUAUACAGUAUAUUGUUUGCAGGAGUCGAUGUUAUUGAAAGAAGCUCGUUCUGCGAAGUUUGUUUCGUUGCUAUUGUUUCUUUUCAUGGCGUUUAAAGCUCCGUAUGUCAUCCUGGAUACUCUGACCCAACUAAAUGUAGGCGGGGCUUUUUACCCGGCCAACAACUCUACGAUUAAGGUGGACGGGUCGAAGUUUUAUUUCCAAACCGUGUUAUCCUGGAUGAUGUUCUGUUUUUCCUCGUUGUACCCGGUCGUUACUUUCAUUUAUUUCAAGGAAUAUUGGAAAAGAAUUAAAAACUGGAUUCUGUGUUCAAAUGCUACAAGCAUAAUUAAUAAUGGUCACUUACGAUCGAACCCACGCCAUAGAAGAAGGCAACGCCGGAGGUUGAACGAAAAUAAACGAAAGAAAAUAAAUCCUAAAUCUUCGAUCAAACACGCCACAGCCCCCUCUAGUGUCUCGUCGAACAUUCCAAGCGAGAAAGUAACGAUAAACGGGACAUCUAGUGGCGAUAACGUGUUGUUCCGAGUUCCGGUGCUUUACGCAGCAACCGACGGACUUCAUCUCGUAGCCUCCGGGAAAAACAACAACAACAACAACUCACCAACCCAGUUGCCGACUGGUGCGAGUGAGCCCCACCAAGUGGUAGACGAGGUCGAAGAUGUUCGUCCUUCAUCCGUGGUCGAUAAGCGUGUCGAUGUUCGUUGUUCAAGAGAUUGUUUACGUGAUGAUGUCAUCGAUGAUGAUGUCAUAUACAUCACAUCAGACUUUGAUGAAGACGAAACAGAAUCUGAGUUAAACAAUUCAACGAACAGUCGAACGUUAAUUUGGCCGCAUCGUCACUCUAGUGACACCAUGUGGAACUCUUUUGUGUCGCGGUUCAGCGAGGGUGACCCAGGGAUUCCCCCUGAUGAGGGGAUUUCCCACCCCCACACCCCAACCCCCGAUGAUGUCACAAACCAACUAACCGUAACGAAUGAUUGUGAUGUCAGAGGUAGCCAUGGGAACAAAAUUCACCCAAAUAUUUCACGACCUUUUGUAAAUGACUCGCUCGAAGACGCACAUAAAGAUAUCGUUGCGACAACGAAACAUAAAAGUUCCCGAUCAAAGAUUUCACCGUUCGGACAACAGCAUGCAACUUGAUGCUACCUAUCUUGCAACACAUGUGUUUUUACCUAUCAAUGUUUACACGGCCAUGAAGUUCAUUUUAAUCAUAUUUCGUGCGAGCCAUUUGUUGAAAAUGUUUUUAUUGCAAAUCUCUUACACGCUGGUUCAUAUAAAUAUAAAUUUCUAUUUAAAAAUAUUUUGGCCGCACGUGUCGCGGUUGGAUCAACACGCUAUGUGACGUCACAGAGGGUGCUUGUUUUGCAACACGUGAGAUGGCGAGCACCGUGGUUGUUGACGUCACUGAUGAUGUCACAAUAGGAUCCAAGAAAAGAGUUUCGAAUUUACCAGACGAGCCUCCUUUUAUUUGUCCGACAGAAAGUUGUCGAAAAGAAUUCGAGUCAAAGAUUCGACUCCAGCGACAUUUUCGAAAUCACCGGGAAAAGAAACACGUGUGCUCGUAUUGUGGGUAUAAGUUUCUAUAUUUGAAAGAUAAGAGAAUACAUGAACGUAUGCAUACAGGUGAAAGACCUUAUGUUUGCCAAGUUUGUAGCAAAGCUUUUAUCCAGAAAUGUACUUUACAUAAUCAUUUAAUAACUCAUAACAAGACAGUAAAAGAUGAAAUUUGUGAAAUUUGUGGAAGAGCUUAUUUUUAUAAGAAAAGUUUGGCCCAACACAUUAAGGACAAACAUUCAACAUCGAGUGUGUUCGCGUGCCCGCAUUGUGAGUUCAAACAUAAAAAUUUUAAUGUUUGUAAUGAUCAUAUUAAUAAUUGUUCGGCACUCAAAGAUGACAAUGUUAAAAACUCUGAAGAAAUUCCGUUGGAAACAACAAUGAGCCAAACAUGGAAAUGUGAUUUUUGUGGUUCGCUGUUCGGAGAUUUAGAGACGUAUAACAACCACAUGGUGGAGCUACACCAGGAAAACCAAGAGUUAAAAAACUUUGUUUGUGGACUUUGUCUUCAAUGUUUGCGUGGCGAAGAUGCCGUGAAACAACAUAUGUUAAAUAACCAUCAAAUAUGUUUGACUGAAGUACCAGACGUUGAAAAUAAUUAAGUUACUGUGUUUUUGUUUUGUUAACAAAUAUUAUGUUUUAGA